UAUCUACAAUCUUGAAUCUAUUCUAUUCUAAUCUAUAGAUAGAUUAGAUAAUAGAUACUAAGAUAGUGUCAUUGACAAUUGAUCUACUAUCUUAGUAUCUAGAUCUGGGGCUGCGCAGCCCCGGCUGUGACCUACAUAUUUUGCCACAUCCAAGGCAAGCAUAACCAUUGUCCGCAGGUGGUCGAUUUAGAUUUUCUUUUCACUGUCUGCGUUUGUCCUCGGCAGCAGAUUUUCUUUUGGUCUCAAAUGUUAUAUAAGACUUAACUCCACAGAUUGACACACUGUGUUACUCAGUCACUUAGUGUUACUAACACAGUAGGCCAUAUAAUUAUAGGACUAUAUGUAAACAUUAUGGCAGAGCCAGCAAUUUUCUUUGGACCUCCACCAAAUAUCAAUGAUCUGUGCUGCAUUACUGUUGAACUGUACUCAACUAAUAAAUUUAUUGCUACCUCAUCAGUAUUGCAACUACAUAUUGUUAAAUGCAGGGAAAUAAUCUUUACUGAACCUGAUGUCAUUGCCAGUCCUGUAUUUGGAUUAGAGAAUACUUUCAAUGUCAUUUUACAACAAACACUUUUUAAAACAGGAAAACUUCAGGCCAGACUACAGAAACAGGGGAUGAAGUUUAGCAAACCUUACAGAGUUGUCCUUGCAGUAUAUCAAGAAUGUUUGAGAUAUACUUUGACAGCCAGGCUAGCUCCUGCAUGGAACAAAGUUGCAGAUUGGUAUAUUCAAGGUCGAGAUUUUUUAUCACAUGAAGGCUACAGCAAUGCAGUUAAGACAGAACUGUUUGUUACAAAGGAUGAAGUAUUUGUGUCUCUCUAUGCCACAGCAAUUAGAUUUCCUCCACUGACUAUUAGGGACUUGGAUCUAACACAAGAGGAACACCAAGCUCUAGUCAAGUCCACUGAAGAAGACAUACAAGAAAUUACAAUAGCUGAUAGGUGGUGCCAUGUUUUACCAAGCAUGAAACGUGGGAGAAUUUCAUCAUUGUCAAUUACACUUCCAGCUAAUGGUCCUUUCUCCACAUAUCAAGACCUUAAAAGAUAUUGGAAGAAUGUGUAUGGUUAUAGACUGCCUGAUACAGAUGAUGAAAUUCUUUACUGCCAAAUAGGGUUUCUAAUUUCUGGCACUGGAAAGCAUUUUACUUAUCCUAACAUUUGCCUGAGGCUCUCACCUGUUCAGAUUAUUGCAAGAUCUGAUCCCAAACCUAUACUCACCAGUUUUCUUCAAGACAUUCAUUCUAAGAUUUCCACAGUUUGUGGAGUUGCUUUCAGGUUUCAACCAAAAAUUUACUAUCCUUCACCAGCAUUGCAAAAUGCAACAGAGUUUACUGAUCAUGCCAAUUUGUCAAGAAAACCUCAAGUUGUAGUUGCUGUUCGACCCAUUAAUAAAUUAUAUUUCUCCAAGUCUGGAUUUCAAAAGGACUCAGUACAAAAUAAUGAAGCUCAAUGCAACAAAGAAGCUGAGGAGAAAAAAGUUUUAGACAGAAUGGUGAAACCUUGUCCUUAUUUCAACAUUCAUCCUACUCCAAUAGAUACACAUGAUAACGAGCAAGAUACUAACAAACAACCUAAUUCAAAAGAAAAACAUUUCAAUAGUCAGCCUUCUCUUAAAAGAAAUACACAUUUCAAUAGUCAGCCUUCUAUAAAAAAUACACAUUUCAAUAGUCAGCCUUAUUCAACAGACAGACUGUUCAACACUCAAGCUGGCCCCAACAAUGCCGAUUUACCUACAUCUGAAAAAUGUUCACCUUCCUUAAAAGCCCCAGUAGCCAGAUUGUUACCAAUAUUUAGACCAAAAGUAAAACGCAACACACCAGUCACUCAUUCAUUACCAACAGAGUUGAAACAGCAAACCGGUUGUAAAGAUAAAAAAAACACAAUGAACAAAAAUGUUUCCUUAUCUCUCAAAUCUCCUGCAGUGCCAAGCAAAUUAUUAGCUAAGAAAAUCACAAGCAAGAUGCCAUCAUGUAAUGGUGUCCAACAUGAAUUAGUAAACUCAGAGGGUAAUGCAAAGAAGAGCUCAUUGUUUACCAGACAUGAACACAUUGACCCAGAUGUCAAUAGCAAGAAAAUAUUUGCCUCAAAACAUGAACAAGUGACACCAGAAGAAACCAAUAAAAUCUUACUAGUUUCACAAACCAGCCCUAGAUAUGUGAGCAGUAUAAAAUCAUCUAUUGAUGAGUCAAACAAACAAAAAAUUUCAGAGGGUGAAACUCCAAGUAAAAAGCCAAGAAAAAAAUCUGAAAUUCAGAGUGUAGAUGUGGAAUCAUUAGCCAGAGUCAAUCAGUUGAGUAAAGUGAAAACAGUGACACUGACAGCUUGGCUCAAAGAGAGAGGCAUCACUUGUAAAUCUAAAGAUAAAAAGAGUGACUUGGUGAAGAAAGCUAAUAUGUAUCUCAACAUUGCUACCUCAGAGGAGUAAACACACAAAAGUUUGCUGGCCUUAUGUAGGAGUUUUCAGCAUGUAGAAGUAGAAUAGUCAUUGCUAUGUUCUCUGUAUCAGCUGAUGUAUUAUCAUGUUUUCUUAUGUUUAUUUAAAAACAAACAAAUCUAAAGUCAUGAUAUUUCAUCUUUUUAUUGAUUGCCUAGCGACCAGAGACUAAUCAGUAUAAACUUAUCAAUCUGCAGCUGGGUACAUUCUAAAAUGAAACAUAUGGACAAUUCAACAAUACUAUAUGAUAUUGAUCUUAAUGAAUGAUGAAUAAUACUGAAAGACUUAGCUAUUUCUAUGUAGUUGACAUUUUUUUUUAUAAACAAAUUGAGACAAAGCAGAUAUCAUCAACCCACAAAACAGUUUUAAUCCUAAAAAUAAUUAAUGAAAAGUCUUCAAAACACAUGGAUUAGCUGGGAUUUUGAUAAGCUUUUUUUAAAAGAAAUCUGCUUAUAACAAACUAGUUAUAGAUCUAUUUAAUCAAAAAAUUCUAACCCACCCAAGAAAAAGCUUACAAGUAAUAAACAAACAAAUCUUGUAAAACUUUGUUCUGGUUAAAACAUUUUCUAUUGUACAACUGGUUACUGUGAUAAGAAUGUUAGUUUCAAUUUAUAGAUAUUCCUUCCAAAGGAUAAUCAUUACAUAAGCAAAAAAAUGUCACCCUGGUGUUUCAAAACACAAUAUAUAUAUAUAUUAGGAAUAUAUAUUCCUUUCACAAAUAAUGGCAGGCCUACCACACUAUAAGUAGAUCAAGAUGUUUGAAAAUCUUCUCUUCUUUCAGUGAUUGAUUAAACCUAAAUAAAACCAGAGAUGGAGUGAGGCCAACGAAUUUUGAAUACACUUACACUAUUAUACAUUACUCAAUAUGUUAUGAUAUGGAAAAAUUCAUUAGUAACCUCUAAACCUGUUAUACCUGAUAAUGCAAUUAGAAAAGCAAUUUGAUUUCAACUGUUUCACCCACAUUGAAAGUUGAACUGAUUUAAAAAGAAAUUUACAAAAAAAAAAACAAUUUAAAAAAAGCAUUUUUACAUUUGUAUUAAUAUAGAAAAAAAUGACAUGGUAAAAAAAAUCACACAAAAUAAGUAAAAAAAAAUAUUUCUAAGAUCAAAGGAAAAAAAAUUAUAUAGGAGUAUUAUUAUAUGACAGUUCAUUGUUUAGAAAAAGGAAUACUGUCAACAAAAAAAUGUAAAUGUCACAUUUUGAAAUGGUAUUUUCUAAUAACAAUAUCACAUUGAAUAAGCAUACAUAGACAAUUUAAAGCAAAGUAGUUCCAUAAUUGUUUUAGUAUGAAAAAUUAAUAUAUUGCAAUUAUAACAUUAACAAAGAACUUGCCAAUAAAAUCUGGCAACUAUGACACUUUGAAAUCACUAAGCCAACAGUUGAUUACAUAAAUACAGUAACAAAUUAUUAAGUUAUAAAGUUAUUCAAUUCAUAACACUUUAUAAAAAAAAGUAUGCACACAAAUAAUUCAUUUGACAAGCAUAUACAUCAUCAAAGCUUACUCUUCAAGGUUCAGAUAUGUACUGCAUUUAGUAUUCACAGAUUGAAAUUUAUCUUUUCUUUUUAAUUUUAAGGAUUUUAAAAUGAUAAUUUCUUUUCUCCAGAGAGUUGUUUUUUUCUUACUUUGUCAUGAAUCACUGAACAAUAAUCUUUCCGCACCACGUUUCAACAAUUUUGUUUCAGAGAUAUUUGAUUAUGUUUUAUGUUUCUGAGCUGUGGAUGUGUCCAAGUCAAACACAAGCAGAAAGAAUGUUGUUGACUGAUUAGGAAAGGUAGACUAGCAUGCAUUAAAGUUGUUACUUCAACAGUUCAUAUUGCUAGUAAUCAUACAACAAACUCAUAGCUUCAGCAGCCUUAGCCCUCACAAUAGGCGAGGAAUCUUUUAACAACAGUAUCAAUGCUG